CGAACCUUGAAAGCAAAACCUGAACAAAUCCUCCGUAGCUGUUUUUUACGAUGAAUUUCCCAAAUUCCGCUUGCCAAUUUCAGCAAAGGACCAAUCCUCACUUGCCAACACACACUUGGGCCCCCACUAAAAUAUUAUCCUAAUUAGUCCUUGCUUUGCGAAACGGCACAGUACAUUACCCAUAUCUUGUCUGUACUUUUUUUCACUCGUCACUCCUGCUGUCAUUUUUAUCGAUUUUUAUUUCUUUUCUUUUUUUGGGCACAAUCAAAAUGAUUUUCUUGUUCUUCUUUUUCUUCUAGAUAUGGCGGAACCGCAAAGGUUUCUUUCCUUCUUUACUGCUUGAAUUCCUGCAAAUCGAUUUCUUCACAGCUCCGACAAGGGGAAGGGGGAGGGUGGUGAAGGAUUGAGUUACUGACUCCAGUCAAUUUUUUUAAAAAUCUUUUUGGAAGUUGAAUAAAUUAGUUCCUGUUCUGGGCGUGUUUUUUUUUUUUUUUUUCCAGGUAAUUUCUUGUUUUUGGGUUAUUCGUCCAUGACAUUUUUUUCCUAAUCUCCGUGCAAAUAUUUCAUCUGCAUCUUUCUUCUUCUUCUUCAUGCAGGUAGAAUUUGAGCUGGGAAUUUCGAAGUUAAGGGCUGAGCACCGCUUUUGUGCUGAGGUAAGACUUUUUUUAGGUCUUGAUUUGUAGUUAAUUGUGAUCUACUGCAGUUGGUGGUUUUGGCUGUGUUUUAGGGCACAAUCAAUCUAAUUACUGUCGUUCAAUGAAGGAUUGAAAUGGGGUUUUACUAUUUUUAAGUUGAAGAUUAGGGCUCAAUGAAUUAAAUAUUUGUUUUGGAACCAAUGCAGAUUCUGUUGACUCCUGUGUUAAUACUUAUGUGGUGGAAGCCGAUUUUAGCUCUUCCUGUACUUGAGAGUUGAACUUACUAGAUGAAUUCGGCUCUGUGCCUUCUCAGUACAAUGCUCAUGGUUUCUUUGACCUUUUUUGGGCCUUAAUAUGUUGGACUUUGUUCUUCUUGUAAGCUUAAGUUUUGAAUGGGAUCAUCCUUGUGUAUCGUACAUGUGUUAAAAUUUUUUAGAACUACUGAGGAGGUGCUGGUGUAUGUCACUUCCUUUACCUCAAUGACUAUGACAUUGAUGCUCUAUUAAGAGCCAGAUUAAAGUGAAUGCCAUUACGUAGUUAUGAGUUGCUUUCUCGUGACAUCUCAAAAGUAUGAUUUCUAAAAGUGAAAACAGUGUUGUCCUGUUUUGAAUUCUCUCUGGAGGUUCACUCUUGAAGUGCUUGCCUGUUUUGAAUUUUCUCUGGAGGUUCACUCUUGAAGUGCUUGUUUACCUUACUCCUUUGUGCAUUUAUCUCACCAUGUGGAAAGGUUAAAUGAAAUAUUUAUUGUUGUUUUCCAUCACAUCACGUAUUGAUUUGAAGUUUGUAUGUAUGAAGCCCUCUUUGAGAGUUUCGUUUCUAGUUUUAAAGGUCUUCCACUUUUCCUUUUAGUCUAUGUUAAUAAUUCUCUAUAUUUUGAAAGCUGCACUGGUGCGUCUAAAGACUUGAGGUUUCUUAACACAUCUGUCUAAUCAUAUUUGGGAUGUUUUUCUCUCCCUUUUAAAUUGUAGGAAAACAAAUAUGAGUUCCAUCUUCUGUGUUUCUAUGGGGUUAGAGACUUGGAAUGAAACUGAUAUGUCGGGCAUCUUUUGAAACGUGGUUCAUCGUAUUGACCUUUGAUUCACAGUUGAAUCUACUAACUCUCCCUUGAUAGAUUUAGCUAGUGAUAAGUUCUUCAUCGAGCUUAAUAACUAGUGAGAGUAUUUUCUUUUUUUUUUUUUUGGUUCUGACUUAACCGGUUUAUUUGAUGUACCAGCAUAUAUUGGGUUUUACUUGAUAAAAUCACUGCUUAUCUGGCUGAGGCUUAUCAUAGAAUGUUGCUCAAUUUUGCAGCGGGGCCAGGUGUAUUCAUGUUUGGUGCUCUUGCUUAGUCAAUAUAAUGAUCAUUACCAAACAGUACAGAUGCAUACACUCAGCGAGUUGUAUGUGCACAAAAGGACAUCUAAGUGAGGAAAUAAUAUUCCUAAUCUUUCAGCAGCUUAAUUGGAACCCUAAGCUCAUCGCAACUCUUUCUUGUGUCUGUAAAUGGUUUGAUGACCUUGCUAAGAGAGUUCUUUGGAAAGAGUUUUGUAAAACUAGAGCCCCCAAAAUGAUGCUUGAUCUGCAAACUGGUGGGAGUCAUAGUGUUGAUGGUAACUGGAGGGCUCUAGGAAAGUUGCUCAUCUACUGUUCUGGAUGCACCAAGGGUGGAUUGUUUAACAACAUUCACAUUCCUGGACACUUUGUUUUUAGGACACGAUUUUCUAGGACAUCAGGAAAGAGUUUCUUGUUGCCGCAGUGCCGAACAGAUGUCCUGUAUGUAUCUGAUCCCUGUGAGCAUCUUGACCAAGGGGAUGAGGGAGACAUUGGAUUUUUCAGGGGAGUUUUUAAAUCUUUUGCCACAUCAAAGGUCCGUAAGAUGCUCAUCAAAAGGGAAGCUCCCCUACAUCCAACAGAGGUGUGCCCUUACUGUAAGGCAAAGUUGUGGAGCAUGCUGCAAGCAAAGUUGGUACCGGCAAGUGCUAGUUGUAGGUUGGGUGCAUAUGAGGACUGCAUUGAGUAUUAUGUGUGUCUGAAUGGUCACGUGCUUGGAAUAUGUACACUCUUACCGCUGUCUGAUUCUGAAGAAGCAUCUGAGCCGGAAUGAAUGAGUGGAACCAAGGCAACCAAACUUGAAAACUUGGAGACGUAAGUUUCAGGGAAACUCAACAUGCCACCCCCAAUCAGAGACAUCGCCCACAUGGAAUUGAGGAGUGAGGGAGAGAUAGAGAGAGAUGUAUUUUUGUCUAGCUUCCUUGGGUCCCGAGAAAAACCAAAAAAAAAAAAAGAAGAAAAAAUUAGAUGCAGUGCAGAUAUGUUCUGUACUACAUUUUAGGGCUUCUUGCUGGCACCUUGCAACAUGAAGAAGCUAUUUCUAACCAUAGCCAUUGUUCACCUCAUCAUGAACAUUGUCAUUCUGUACAUUACUAUGUUAUAUUACGGAAAAACAUGCACCAUUAAUUAUACUCAAGAAAUUAGCUAUUAUCCUGUUUAUCAGCAAUUCUGCAGUUUGUUCCCUGUAAGGAAAAUCCUACGUACUGUGUUUUCCAUGUGACCUGUGAGCUAAAAGACGGCUAUCAUUGCCCAAACUCUCUUCUAUUUGCCAAGUGUAAUGAGUAUGCAUUUUGUUUUUCCGGGUUCUUUUAAGCUUUGCCUGCUUUGUAAUUUGUAUCUUAUAUGGUGAGCAUUUCUGUUGUUGUGGGAUAGGGUCAUAGGGAAGAGGGAGAGACGUGGAAACAAAUUUUUCAAAUUAGAAUGGAG